GGUAUCCCUCUGGGCCUCGCUUCAGCGAUUCCCUACCUUCUACAAUCAGAUACACACACCGCUAACUACCGCUACCAGGCUAUAUUCUCCUGGGUUUUCUGGCCCUUUUCCCUCAAACUCGCCUGGGCACCCAUUGUGGACGCCGUUUACUUCCGUCGUCUGGGUCGCCGGAAGAGUUGGCUCAUCCCCAUCCAGUACGCCAUCGGCAUCGACCUCUUUGUUCUGUCCGGCCGGGUAAACGCCUGGCUGGGUCGUCCAGCAGAUCAAAACUGGGGACCACUGGGGGUGGCUGGUGACGUGCAGAUCUGGGGACUCACCGUCGCAUUCUUUGGACUGACUCUGCUGGCUGCAACACAGGACAUUGUUGUGGACGGAUGGGCUCUCACCAUGCUUUCAAAGGAGAAUGUCGCCUGGGCCUCCACGUGCAAUUCCGUUGGACAAUCACUCGGCGUCAUCAUCGGUUCCAUCGUCUUUUUGGCCCUGGAGUCACCCGAAAUCUGCAACAACUACCUCCGUUUUACACCCGUUCCAGGCCAGGGUCUGAUCAGCUUCCCA